GGCAUCUACUUCCGGGAGUCUGGGUCUGCGGACUUAAGGGCCUCAGAUGGUGAGCGCUGUUGCUGGGAACAUGCUGCUGCGAGCCGCUUGGAGGCGAGCGGCUAAAGCUACGUCCGCGGCUGCCCGGCGGAGCCCUGCGGCGCCCACCCGGGGACUGCGCCUGCGCGUUGUAGAUCAUGCGCCCUGGUUGCCUGUUCCCUCGGAGGCGGAGUCAGUGCUGCGACCUCUCUAUAUGGAUGUGCAGGCUACGACUCCUCUGGAUCCCCGGGUGCUUGAUGCCAUGCUUCCGUACUUCAUCAAUUACUAUGGGAACCCACACUCCCGGACCCAUGCAUAUGGCUGGGAGAGUGAGGCAGCCAUGGAACAUGCUCGCCAGCAAGUAGCAUCUCUGAUUGGAGCUGAUCCUCGUGAGAUCAUUUUUACUAGUGGAGCUACUGAAGCCAACAACAUAGCAGUUAAGGGAGUGGCAAGGUUCUAUAGGUCACGGAAAAAGCACUUGAUCACCACCCAGACUGAGCACAAAUGCGUUCUGGAUUCCUGCCGUUCCCUGGAAGCUGAAGGCUUUCGGGUCACCUACCUCCCAGUGCAGAAGACUGGAAUCAUUGACUUAAAGGAACUAGAAGCUGCCAUCCAGCCAGAUACCAGCCUGGUCUCUAUUAUGACUGUGAACAAUGAGAUUGGAGUAAAGCAGCCAAUUGCAGAAAUAGGGCAGAUUUGCAGUUCCAGAAAGGUAUAUUUCCAUACUGAUGCAGCCCAAGCUGUUGGAAAAAUCCCACUUGAUGUCAAUGACAUGAAAAUUGAUCUCAUGAGCAUCAGUGGUCACAAAAUCUAUGGUCCUAAAGGCGUUGGUGCCAUCUACAUCCGCCGUAGACCUCGAGUGCGUGUGGAGGCUCUGCAGAGUGGAGGCGGGCAAGAACGGGGUAUGAGGUCUGGGACAGUGCCCACACCCUUGGUGGUGGGUCUGGGAGCUGCAUGUGAAGUGGCACAACAGGAGAUGGAGUAUGACCACAAGCGGAUCUCAAAGUUAUCAGAGCGACUGAUCCAGAAGAUAAUGAAGAGCCUUCCAGAGGUGGUGAUGAAUGGGGACCCCAAACAGCACUACCCUGGCUGUAUCAACCUCUCCUUUGCAUAUGUGGAAGGGGAGAGUCUGCUGAUGGCACUCAAAGAUGUCGCUUUAUCCUCAGGGAGUGCCUGCACUUCUGCAUCACUGGAGCCCUCUUAUGUCCUAAGAGCGAUCGGCACUGAUGAGGAUUUAGCACACUCUUCCAUCAGGUUUGGCAUUGGCCGCUUCACUACAGAAGAGGAAGUAGACUACACUGUGGAGAAAUGCAUUCAACAUGUGAAACGUCUUCGAGAAAUGAGUCCUCUCUGGGAGAUGGUGCAGGAUGGCAUUGACCUCAAGAGCAUCAAGUGGACCCAGCAUUAGAAGAGUGGACCUGUGACUUGUGCUGACUGGGCCCUCCUGCCUCACUGACCCAUGCACAGCCAGGAACCUUGUCCACCCAGUGGGUGGUCCAUGGUCAAACCACAGAGUUGGAAUAGGCAAGUCAGCUUCACCACAGCAUCGUUUCAAGUCAGAAACACAAGGAAAGUAUUUUUCUCUAGCUCAGCUCUUUUGUAGGGAAAUAGCCAUCCUUUUCUUCAGGGUUUUUCUCAGGCCUUCUAGUAUAUGAACAUUCUUAUCUGAGGAGCUAGGGGCAUUGGCUAAGAUAUUGCUGCUGGAUCUGUCAGUGAGGAGAACAAGAAGAACUGAAGCAGGCUCUGUGUUUGAAGACUUAUUUUCUGUGUGAACAUUUGAAUCAUUGCUUUCUGCUGCUCAGCUGGACUGGCACCUUCAGCAACAAGCAUAAUCAACUUUGAUUUAAUAUUUUUCUGCAGCACCAGUGGGCAUCUUCUUGUUGACAGUAGCCCAAGCAUCCCAUUUUGUUCUUACCUUCCUUCUGAUUUAUUGGAGUUGGAAAUACCUAUAUGACUCCACCCACUAUUCUUAAUUUAUGUUUAUUUCCUUAAAAGUUUUUAAUUUGAAGAUUGAAAAAAUAAAAAAAAAAAAAAUA